AUGCAUGCCCGCUUCUCCACUGCUCUGUUUGCAGUGACCUUCGUUUUCAGCUUUGUCUGCCUCACGAGUGCGGGUCAUUCCUCUGUAGAAGGCCAGACUAAAGGGAGCCCCACGACUCGUCGUGUCCGCCUCGCGAGUGUCGUUCCUGAGGAGAGGGGACUAUGGGAAUCUUUCUCCCAGUUAAUCCUACGAAAAAAUGUUGCCGCCAGCAUUCAUCCGGAGCCUCCUGCUAACUCGGCAGGGCAACUUGCCAAUGAAGCUGGGGUUGUCGAGAAUCCGAGAAGCGUGUUGUCGUUUUUUAGCGACGAAACCUGCAGCGUUCCACGUUACUACCUCAUCCUGGUGGCGCUGUUUUUUGGCAUGUUUGUGCUUGAGGGUCUAAGGAGGGUACGGGGCUAG